UCAAACUAUGAUUAAACACCGUGAAUAAAAAAAGAAGAAUAAAGUUUCAAAUUGUAAAUCAAGCAGGAUUCACAUUUUUGUUCUUCAAGAUGUGGAGUGUAGUGAUGAAAUUCUUGGAACAGUCGUUGCUGCUGGGACUAUUCUUAGGAGUUUUCUACUACUUCUUCACUUCGACGUUUGAUUUCUGGAAGAGCCGCGGCGUACCAUUUCGAAAACCGACAGUGCUUUUUGGCAAUUUUGCUCCUAUGCUUCUGUUUCGGAAGUCUUUACCAGAAGGCAUUAAGGAGAUGUACGAAUGGUUUAGGGACGAACGAUUCUUUGGAGUGUUUCGAGUCAGAUCGCCUGUCUUGAUCUUACGAGAUCCAGAUUUGAUCAGGAAUAUCUGCGUGAAGAAUUUUUCCAGUUUUUCUAACCGCGGUAUACCGGUGAAUUCUCAGGACCCAUUAUCUGCUCAUCUGUUCAACCUAGAGGGGAAAAAAUGGAAGAGUCUCAGAUCGAAAUUGACACCAGCCUUUUCCUCCGGCAAACUGAAAAGGAUGUUCUAUCUUUUAGCAGAGUGCAGCGAAGAAUUUCGGAAAUUAAUCGAUGCGUCUUCGAAAACCGAUGAGUCAAUCGAGGCUCGCGAAUUAGCGGCGAAAUUUACAAUAGACGUCAUCGGUAGCUGCGCGUUCGGCAUACAAAUGAACGCUCUAACCGAUGAAGAAUCCGAAUUCCAUAGGGCAGCGAAGAAACUCUCUAAGCCAAGUUACAAGGCCACACUGUGGAGGAUGCUCAGAACAGCUAUGCCAAAAUUGUAUAAACUUCUAGGUGUACAAGUGAUCGAUCCUGGGGUGACCAAAUUCUUCAAAGACGUCGUGUCACAGAUGAUUAAACAGAGACAAGAGCACUCUGUCAAGAGAUACGACUUCAUGGAUUUGUUGAUCGAACUGAAGGAGAAGGGUACUCUGGAAAGUGAUAUCGGAAACGGGCAAACCUGCAACGAAGAGGACGCAGAGACAACUGAAGAAAUAGAACUGGACGAGAACAGUAUUGCCGCCCAAGCGUUUGUGUUUUUUGCCGCCGGUUAUGAAACAUCAUCGAAUACAAUCGCGUUUUGCCUUCACGAGCUAGCAUUAAAUGCUGAAAUUCAAGAAAAAACGAGGCGCGACAUUCACGACGCCAUUAACAGCAGAGGCAGCAAAUUAACUUAUGACGCCAUCCAGGACAUGAAAUAUCUUGACAUCGUUAUUGCAGAGACUUUGAGGAAGUAUCCUCCGGCAUCGCUCUUAUCCCGCAGGUGCGAAUCCCAGUAUCAAAUACCUGGUACAAAAGUUGAAAUACCAUCAGGUAUGCGAGUAAUAAUACCAAUCUAUGGGCUUCAUCAUGAUCCAGAUUAUUAUCCGGAUCCCGGAACAUUUGAUCCUGAAAGAUUUACGGAAAAAAAUAAGCGAACGAGACAUCCCUAUACGUAUCUUCCAUUUGGGGAAGGACCACGGAACUGCAUAGGAAUUCGAUUUGCUCUGCUGCAAAUUAAAGUAGGAAUAAUUUCGUUUCUAAAAAACCAUCGAGUGGAAUUCUGUGAAAGGACAACUGUGCCAAUAAAAUUCAGUAGGCGAAGUCUUGUAACGAGGAGCGAAAAAGGGGUUUGGCUGAAAAUCGUACGGACUUAUUAA